UUUUGGCCCAGACAUGACCACUUCUGUCUUCUCCACAUUUAACUGGAGAAAAUUCUGGCACAUCUAUUCAUUGAUUCGAUGGAUGCAUUUAUUCAGAGAGACUAAAGGACUAUAAUCAUGUGGGACACAGAAAUGUAGAGUUGUGUGUUAUCUGCCAAAAUGAAUAAAAACUGAUCUUUAUAGCACUUGUUGCCAUAAAAGCCUCUACUUUGUUGGCUCUUGGGCUUCAAGACCACUGAUACCGCCAAAGAGAACCAAUUGGCUGCAAAGCGUCAUUGCUUCAACAACUGUCAUUUGGCUAUCACGGCUCCCAUGCUACCUGCUGUCAACACUGUUGUUGCCCCAAAAUAUUGCAACUCUUGCCUCCCAGCAUGCAAUGCGGCGCUGAGGCUAUAAAUAGCUUUCAAAGUUCAUGUUCUGUGCUAAUUGUUUCUUCAGUUAGUGAUCCAGUUCUUCCAUUAAUUGCUAGUUAUGAUAUUUAGUUUGUUAUGUGAUCAUCUUAGUUUUGUCUUGAAGCCGUGAGUUUGAAUGAGGUGUGAUUUAGUCACCUGCUACUACUUGCCUCUGUCGGUGAAGUUGGUGAAUGCCUGAUCUUUUUCCUGCUCAUGAUAAGGAGGAAUUGGCCCCUCCUGUCUCAGGAGCACCAUAAAAUCAGAGGCUACUUGUGUGAAAAUUACUGGGUCAGUGAAGCAAUCUUGCCUAAAUUGUUUAUGGGCUAAUUUGCUCAAAUCAAGUGGCAGUGCAUCUAUUGCGAUCUGAUUUUUUCAAAUGCGAUGCGUAUUGUUACGUUUCUUAUCGUGAUAUAUUGUCGAAUAAUAUUUUGUCCCAAAUCUAAUGUGAAAGGUGUUAGUUAGCAGAAACCCAGGGUGUAAAAUUUUAAUUUAGAAAAAUGCUCUUUUACAGAAUUGUCAUUUUGAAAUUUGAUGAUGUUGAUAAUUACCAUGUCUUUAGUUUAGUUGAUUUGUAUCAUGAUAGCACGUUUCAUAUUGCCUGUAAACGCUGGCAUCCGAAAUGCUCAUCUUCCACACUUAUGUGUUGAAAGUCAUUGUCAGAGAAUGAUUUUUAUUUUAGAAACAAGCAUGCCCUGUCAUGUGUCACGUUAAUAUCAGUCAUAGUUGCCUCUUUCACCUGUGAAAACCUUGGACUUUUUCCAGCUUGUUUUUUCUGUCAAUCUCGUCGACCAUUUGGAGCGCUGUCUUUUUAAAUGUUGAGAGGAGGGUUGUGUUGCUAGCAACGCGCAAUCUUUUGGGAACUUACACUCAGAGGAACAGAGGCUCUCUCUCCCAUUGCUUUUCCCAGGACUCUUUGCAAGGCAGGUCGGCAAAAAGAGGAAGAAGAAAUACCAAGCAACAGACAACUAGUUUUGAGGAAUGAAAGCCACCAAAGCGACGCGGGAGUCGCGCUUCCAUCCUGGAGAUACUCCGCCGCACCAUGUUUCAUUUGUUCAGCAGCAGGGUAUCUCAUCUGAUGCCCAGGCUGAAGGAGUCUCGCUCCCAUGAGUCACUGCUCAGCCCCAGCAGCGCUGUGGAAGCCCUGGACAUAAGCAUGGAGGACGAGGUUAUCAUCAAACCCGUGCACAGUAGCAUCCUCGGUCAGGACUACUGCUUUGAGGUGACGACAUCCUCGGGGAGUAAGUGCUUUUCCUGCCGCUCGUCAGCCGAGAGAGACAAAUGGAUGGAGAACUUGAGGAGAGCCGUUCAGCCAAACAAGGACAACAGCAGGCGGGUGGAGAACAUGCUGCGACUGUGGCUGAUCGAGGCCAAGGACCUACCCGCCAAGAAGAAGUAUUUCUGUGAGCUGUGCCUGGACGAUGCGCUCUACGCUCGUACCACCUGCAAGCUCAAGACGGACAAUGUCUUCUGGGGCGAGCACUUUGAGUUCAACAACCUGCCAGUGGUGCGCUGCAUCACGGCGCACCUCUACAAGGACACGGACAAGAAGAAAAAAAAGGACAAGAACAACUACGUGGGCUUGGUCAGCAUCCCUGUGGCGGCGGUGACCGGGCGGCAGUUUGUGGAGAAGUGGUACCCGGUCAGCACGCCCAACCCUGCUAAGGGGAAAACGCCCGGACCUAUGAUACGCAUUAAGGCGCGCUACCAGAGCAUGAACAUCCUCCCCAUGGAGCUGUACAAGGAGUUUGCCGAGUACACCACCAACAACUACAUGCUGCUUUGCUCCGUGCUCGAACCUGGCAUCAGCGUCAAGAAUAAAGAAGAGAUGGCAUGCGCGCUGGUGCAUAUUCUGCAGAGCACCGGCAAGGCCAAAGACUUCCUGACAGACCUGAUGAUGUCAGAAGUGGAUCGCUGCGGGGAAAACGAGCACCUGAUCUUCCGUGAGAACACGUUGGCGACCAAAGCCAUCGAAGAGUACCUCAAACUGGUGGGCCAGAAGUACCUGCAGGAUGCUCUUGGCGAGUUCAUCAAAGCACUUUACGAGUCUGACGAAAACUGCGAGGUGGACCCGUCUAAGUGCUCUUCGGGGGACCUCCCGGAGCACCAGAGCAACCUGAAAAUGUGCUGUGAGCUAGCUUUCUGCAAGAUCAUCAACUCAUACUGCGUCUUUCCACGAGAGCUCAAAGAGGUUUUUGCAUCGUGGCGGCAGGAGUGCAGCAACCGGGGUCGGCCGGACAUCAGCGAACGGCUAAUCAGCGCCUCGCUCUUCCUGCGCUUUCUAUGCCCGGCCAUCAUGUCGCCAUCGCUUUUCAACCUCAUGCAGGAGUACCCCGACGACCGCACGGCGCGCACUCUUACGCUCAUUGCUAAGGUCACGCAAAACCUGGCCAAUUUUGCAAAAUUUGGAAACAAGGAGGAGUACAUGUCUUUCAUGAACCAGUUCUUGGAGCAUGAGUGGACCAACAUGCAGCGCUUCUUGUUGGAGAUCUCCAACCCGGAAACCAUCUCCAACACGGCAGGCUUCGAGGGCUACAUUGACCUGGGUCGGGAGCUUUCUACACUACACUCUCUCCUGUCCGAGGUGGUUUCCCAGAUGGACCAGGGCGGCAACUCCAAGUUGGGACCACUGCCGCGGAUCCUGCGGGAAGUGAGUGUGGCGCUGAGCAACCCAGCCGGCGUUCAUGCACCAUCCGCGGGGUCACCGGAGCAGACGGGCAUGUCCCCUGUGGAGGCCGGCUGCAGCAUCUCCUCGGGCCUGCAGAAGAUGGUCAUUGAGAAUGACCUCACUGGAUUGGUUGACUUCACUCGGUUACCCUCCCCAACCCCUGAAAACAAGGACCUAUUUUUUGUAACGAGAAGCUCAGGGAUCCAGCCUUCCCCGGCACGCAGCUCAAGUUACUCCGAGACCAACGAGCCCGAUCUGGCCAUGGCCAACGGCAGCAAAAGUCUGUCCAUGGUGGACCUGCAAGACCCCCGCAUUUUGGAAGGUGGAGGCCCCAGUCCCGGUCCCUCGGACACCAUGGCCGAAGUUCCGGUCUCCGUGGGAGGCUGGUCCGCCAGGGCGCCGCAAUCCAACAUCUCCGGAGGUCCCACCAUGUGGAAACCACCUCAGACCCCGACCACGCCGAAUGCGGAAAGCGCUCCGGGCCGGCCCGCCCAGUUACUUGCCCCACUAUCCUUCCAGAACCCAGUCUACCAGAUGGCCACCUGCCUUCCAGUGUCCCCGCGAGGUCUGAAUGACUCGGGCUCCGAGUGCCACAGCUCGGUCAGCUCCCACAGCAACAAUGAUGACGGCCCGCCCGGCGGGAAGCACCCCUUCCUGAACCACGGCGGCGGAGGGAGCAGUGGCGACGAGUACGCCCGCCGCUCGGGCGAGUUCACCCGUCGGCAGCUAUCCCUCAACGAGGCGCAGCACCAACCGGCCGUACCCCGGCAGAACAGCGCCGGCCCCCAGCGACGGAUAGACCAGCCUCCCCCGCCUCAGAGCGUGACGCGGGGCCGCACGCCGCCCAAUCUGCUCAACAGCGGGGCCUACCCCCGUCCCGGCUCAGGCGGCGGCAUGAUGACCUCGUCCCCAGACUGGCCCAUGAGCGGCGCCCGCUUGCGGCAACAGUCGUCCUCGUCCAAGGGAGACAGCCCAGAGACAAAGCAGAGGGCGCAGCACAAACAGGCCCCCUCCCCCGUGAACCCCAGUGCGCUGGACCGCACGGCAGCUUGGCUUAUGAAUAUGAAUGUGCAGUAUUUAGACCAUGAGGCCAUGGAGCACGACUCACUGAGGCACAGAGAGGAUCUGACGCAGGUGCAGAAGUAUCAGCAGGAGAUCGCGCUGCUGCAGGAGAAACUGCGUGCCUCGGUGCAGAAGCUUGAGGAGUAUGAAGCCCGUCUCAAGGGCCAGGACGAGCAGGCCCAGAAGGUCCUGAUGGAGUAUCAAGCCCGGCUGGAGGAGUCGGAGGAGCGCCUGCGCCGGCAGCAGGACGACAAGGACCUACAGAUGAAGGGCAUUAUCAGCAGGUUGAUGUCGGUGGAGGAGGAGUUGAAGAAAGAUCACUCGGACAUGCAGGCGGUGGUGGAUUCCAAGCAGAAGAUUAUUGAAGCGCAGGAGAAGCGCAUCGCGUCCUUGGACGCCGCCAACUCUCGCCUCAUGAGUGCCCUGACGCAGCUAAAGGAGCGCUACAGUACGCAGUCGCGCAACGGUAUCUCGCCGACCAAUCCCUCCAAGCUUCAGAUCACAGAGAACGGAGAGUUCCGCAACAGCAGCAACUGUUAAACACUAAAAUGGGGAUUUUUGACAGAAACUCCGAGGGCGAUGUUUCCCUCUCACUCCCAAAGGAACCCCCAGCGAGUCGGAACAGAAGACUUGAAAGAGGUUCGCCGGGAUCGGAGCGUGUACAUACAAAUGCGUACGUACGCACGAAGAGACAGUUUGACGUCCGGGGAUGAACCACUACGUCUUUCUCGAUCUGGUCGAGGACGCUUCGCUAGCGCUUUAGCUUCCAGUCCAUGUUUGUAAAGAACCAAAUAGAAGCUGAAAAACCCCCCGACCUUUUUAGGUUUGAAAUGCCAUUGGGCGGCUCACCCCCUGGUAGUGCACUUUGUAAAAGCUAUUGGUACACGCAACGCCUUAAGAUAAGGAUUGCGACUUUAUCCCGCAGCAAAAAAGUUUGAGAAAGAAAAAAAAACAGGCACAAUUAUAUACUGUGGAUUUGUAUAGGAUAGAGCUUGUACAAACUUCUAUGUAUGAUGUAAGUAAAUGAGAUACAUGUGAUACUAUAUUGAUGCAAUUUAAUAUAGAUGUAUGCAUUUCCUUUUCUUGGCUUCUAGAGUAUACAUGCAUACACACACAUACACAUGGCUAUAUUUGAUAAUGUCAAAGGUAAAAGCAGACUUGUAUUUAGGAGUUUUAUUUUUGUGCUUCUAAAAUGAUGACUGAAGAGAGCGCGUAGGUUUUCUUGCACCGGUCGGAUAUUGUGCUAAUGGGCGUGCUAUACACUGGACUCGCUAGACCAGCAAGGAACCGACCAUUCCUUACCUGUCUGGUUAUUUGUUUAGCUCUAAAAAUGUGAUUUAUUAAAGCAGAGUCAUAUUUGCAGGUUGCGACUUGGCAACCUAAACCCUUAAAUCCUACCACUAUUAACUUUCAAAGUUCGUCUCCUGUACAAACCCUCCAAGUCAGUCCCACCCUUAAUGAAAGUAUCAAAUUAAAAUAUGUCUCUGUUAAAGGAAAAAAUUCUUUCCAGUUUCAACCCUAAACCAUACCUCCAAACAAUACUAAACUCCAACACCAACACAAACCCUCUAACCCUGUCACUUACCUCAGCUCGAAAAUCAACACUUUGACUUAGUUACAACUGAAUCUUCUUUACAGGUUCAAUCAUACCUUGACCAUGACCCCUUUCAGCCCCAAAACAGUUCAUUUUAUAAACCAGGGGUCUCCAAAUAUGUCCUAAAGAGCUGCUUUGGGUCCUGGUUUUUGUUUCUACCGAUCAAGCACAGACAGUUUAACCAAUGAGGUUUCUGCUAAAACAGCAGCACCUGGCUGCAACCAACUGAUUACACUUGUAAGACACCAGAUUGGUAAAAAGGUUUCAUCUUGUUUUGUUGGAAUAAAAUCCUGCACCCACUCCGGCCCUAUGUGGAAUAGUUUGGAGACCCCUGUUAUAAAUCAUUAACAAGACACAAUCCCUCCUACUCAGUACUACCCUUAACCCUCAAACUAAAUGGAACUAGUUACAGACCAUGAGCGACAGAUAUGAAGACAAAAUAGGACAUCAGGAAUACAAGAACUAGGAGCAGACACAUUCUGCAGCCACUGUGCUGAGGUUUUUCUGCAGCACUUUUGGCAUUAAACAUCCAAAACUGAAGAUGCAAUCUUCUGAUUGCUUCUCGGGAGCAUAAAAAAAGCACUUAAUAAAAAAGAUCCAGCACGUAAUCAAGUCUACAAAAACCCAGACACUAAACUUACCGUGAGCCUAAUCCAGCUGCCCUUUUCUAUCCUUAUCUAUACUAGAAAAACCGAACCCAGUCUUUAGUUCCCAAUACCAAAAUAUUACUGCUACCUAAAGACUGGUUCCUUGACAUACAAAAUGAAUCCGUUUCAGAGUUGCUCUCUUUCUAGGAACCGUGUGUAUUGUGUGUGUGUAUUAAAAACACUCUUUGUGAGACAAAAACGCUAAGAGACUUGUGCUCUUUUGGCAAAGCCCGCUACAACAACACACCGUUGCGCGUCUGCACGUCAUCACGCCGCGGCACCCAAAUUGAGAUAUCAUCAACAAUAGGCCAAUAGCAGAGCAGAACCGUGUUAUUGAAGCAUGACGGGAAAGAUUCUGAGUAAAAUGGCAGCAGGAUCUUAUGGCACGCCUUUUAAAAGCAGGAAGUACAUACCUAUAUUUUACAGUACGUAGUAUUGUUCGUCCAUCCAUCAUCUACUGCUUAAUCGAGAGUCAGGUCGCAGGGGCAGCAGCUUCAGCAGGAAAGCCCAGACUUCACUCUCCCCAGCCACUCCAACCAGCUCCGCCUGCGGUGUCCCCAGGGCCUCCCGCCAGUGGGACAUGCCCGGAACACCCCUCCAGGGAGGUGUCCAGGAGGCAUCCAAACCAGAUGCUUGAGCCACCUCAGUUGGCUCCUUUCGAUGUGGAGGAGUAGCGGCUCAACCCUGAGUCUCUUCCGGAUGAAUGAGCUUCUCACCCUAUCUCAAAGGGAGUGCCCGUACACCCUGCGGAGGAAACUCAUUUUGGCCGCUUGUAUCCGGGAUCUUGUUCUUUCGGUCAAGACCCACAGCUUGUGACCAUAGUUGAAGCUAGGACAGUAGAUCGACUGGUAAAUCGAGAGCUUCGCCUUUUGGCUCAGCUCCUUCACCACUACAGACUGGUGCAGAGUCCGUAUCACUACAGACGCUGCACCAAUCCGCCUGUCGAUCUCCCACUUCUUCCUGCUCUCACUUGUGAAACCCAAGAUACUUAAACUCCUCCACUUGGGGCAGGAUCUCAUCCCCGACCUAGAGAGGGCACGCCACCCUUUUACAACUGAGGACCAUGGACUCUGAUUUGGAGGUGCUGAUCUUCAUCCCAAUCGCUUCACACUCUGCUUCAAACCGCUCCAAUGAGAGUUGGAGAUCACGGCUUGAUAAAGCCAACAGCACCACGUCAUCUGCAAAAAGCAGAGAUGCAAUGCCGAGGCCAUCAAACCGGACCCCCUCAAUGCCUCGGCUGCGCUUAGAAAUUCUGUCCAUAAAAGUUAUGAACAGAAUCAGUGACAAAGAGCAACUUUGGCAGAGUCCAACCUUCACUGGGAACAAACCUGAUUUACUGCCAGCAAUGCGGACCAAACUCAGGCAAUGGUCAUACAGGGACCGAACAGCUCAUACCAGGGGGCUCUGUACCCCGUACUGCUGGAGCAUUCCCCACAGAACACCCCGAGGGACACGGUCCAACACCUUCUCCAAAUCCACAAAACACAUGUAAACCUGUUUGGGUGAACUCCCAUGCACUCUCGAGGACCCUGCCGAUGUAGUAGAGCUGGUCUACUGUUCCAAGGCCAGGACGAAAACCACACUGCUCCUCCUGAAUCCAAGUAUAUUUCGUGUUUUGAAUAUUUACCCAUAAUAUGAAGCGACGGUGGUAAUGUGGUUAGCAUGGCCACCUCACAAUUCUAAGAUUGUUGGUUCAAUCCGGCCUUUCUGUGUGGAGUUUGUAUGUUCUCCUCGUGCCUGUGUGGUAGGCUGAUUGAACACUCCAAAUUGUCCCUGUGUGCAUGAAUGGUUGUUAAUCUCCUUGUGCCGUGGGACACUCUGGCAACCAGCUCAGGAUGUACCCUGCUUCCUGCCAGGUGUUAGCCGGGAUAGGCUCCAACACCUCCGCUAACCUCGCGAGGAUAAGCGGUUCAGGAGAUGAAUGAAAGAAUAUGAAGUGAAAAAGGAAUUAAAAAACCUUUCUGAAUUUGAAUAUUUCAUGUACAGAAGCGUUUGUAUGUCGAGGUACCACUGUACUUUUGUAACCCUAAACCUAACUCAAAAUCCUAACCUCAAAUCACAGACCUUUAGGAUUACACUUACCACAACCAUCCACAUACUUUGAAUCCUUGAACACAAUGUCGAUCCUUAACAUAAAACCCCAAACGCUAUCCCAAACCCUCCUACUAUACUCCAACCUAUUUAAAAUGUAAUUCCUAAAACCAAACUGUACUUUGAAUUGGGGUUCAGUAAAACCACGACAUACCAUAACCCUAGCCAAAGUGGUUUCCUGGAACCAAACCUGUAAAAGCGAUCCCUAAAUGGUAACACCCUAAGCCACUACAUUGCCCAACUCCUGUGAAUACGCUCAACUCAAACCCACUCCUGACAACACUAAACUUUGUUUGAACCUACUCAUCAAAUACACCUUACUUUGUAAGACUUCACGAAACACUACAACAAUUCUCCUGAAUGUUUUCUUUCAUCGUAGUUUAAUAGCAACAGUACGGUCAGUUAUUUCAUCGUGAACGUUACCUCGCGCUCAAACUCUGCUGUAUGGGCAUCAUGGGUGUUGUAAAUACAAAUGAGCGCCGCUAGCAGUGUGCUGCUAUCGCUAGCAAAAACAAGCUUUUGAUGGCGGGAGUCUAGUUUGGGGUUUUGCAUUUUUGAGAUUGAGAUCGGCGAGCACAAUCGUGGCUUUCUCAUGGCUCAAACGUCUAUGCACUUUUACGUUAAGUGACUGGUGUGAGCUUCUUUUUUUUUUUUUUUGGGUUACUAAAGGGAGCGCCGGGACUGCGAUUGUCGUUUGUAAAUUGUCGAAAUAUGUAACAUAAAACUGAAGCCGAGAGACUGUGCAGCUUUUUGAGAUUUAGUUAAUAUUUGUGGGUUUUCAUAACGCAAGUUACAUGGCCAAACGUGACAAAAGUCACAGUUUUGGGAGGCUAUUAGCUGCUUGCGACAUUUGCACAGCUUAGUGCAGGAUUUGAUUCUAUGUACUUUUUUUUUUUGUUACAUCGGAGGAAAUCUGUCAUUUGCUUGAAGGUGCUAUGAAAUGGUGAGCACGUCAAAAAAUGAACUGGGCUAAUGUCAUUUUACAUGUUGAAAAUGAAUUUGGCACUCAAAUUUGGCGUUUUUUCAGUUAUUCCACCCAAAACAACAUAUCAGGGAACACCCACCUUUUUCAGUAAUUCUGGUUGUGACAUCACACCCAGAAUUGAUGAUCAUGUCUAGCUUUCCGGUGUUGACUGAAUGGUCACACAGUGUCACUACACAAUCGUGACAGGCUACCGGAUCGCGACAGAUUGCUCCUGCUCAUGCGCGAACCAACGCCAUUUUCUCCUGAAGGAUGACAGGAUAUAUAGAUAUGUACGUGACAGAUUAAGCAGUAUACAUUUUUUUUAUUUUUUUGUUAUUACAAGGUUUGUCAGAUAUCUAUAGAUUAACUAGCUCUUUUAGUCAGUCUUUGAUCAAGUAUAUGUAAGAAAGUGUUAUUGUAAAAAUGAACGAAGGAUUCAGUCCUAUUGUUGCGUAUGUGAGUAUAGUUUGUUUAGAGUUUAGGUUCUACACAUGUACUUCAAAACAGUUUCAACAUUUGAAGGCAUUAUGUUUACUUCUAUCAAAGGAACAAUCAUUGGAUGGUUUUAAAAAAUAAAAUGAUCACCACCCCCCAAAAAAAGAAAAAAACAAUUCUAUUUAUCAUUUAAUCUAACACGUACAAAUCUAUAUCUGCCGUCAUCGCUCAAGAAAAAUGGUGUCAGUUCGCGAAUACGCAGUAGCAAUCUGUCGUGGUCCGGUAGUCCAGGGGUCUCCAAAUCGUUCCUCGAGGGCCGCUGUGGGUCCUGGUUUUUUUUCAUACCUGUUUUCCGAAAUUUCCAGGUUCGCGGUGAAUCAGUAACAGGCACACUUUUGCAAAAGAGACAAUGUUUAUUGAUUAGAAAAUGAAGAAUAAAUGAGAUUUAUUGAUUACAAUCCCACAAGAGCAAGCAAAAAAGUAUCAACAAAUGUCAACGAUGACGCUAGAUUUGAGUUUGUCAACCCCAGAAUCCCCGCGUUACCGUUACAGCAAAACGAAAUGUCCUUUAGCAAUGAAAAUUGCUUACCGUGACAAAUGAGCGGGGAGCCAACACACUCCGGUAAGGCGGCGAAGGAACAAAGCCACGCGAUCCGUACGUGACCCGCUGGCGGACUUCACGGGUCGCUCGGAAAUGUCCGGUUUUUGUAGGGACCAGACAAUGCCCUAGUCCAAACAUUAAAGUUACUUUUGGUUCAGCCCCCUUGAAAAAGGGCUUUUCACAUGGGACAAAUGAGCUGUGCUGCAACAGAUGCAACAAAGGGUAAAUAUUAGGGCUGUCAAACGAUUAAAAUUCUUAAUCGAGUUAAUUACAGCUUAAAAAUUAAUUAAUCGUAAUGAAUCGCAAUUAAUCACAAUUCAAACCAUCUAUAAAAUAUGCCAUAUUUUUCUGUAAAUUAUUGUUGGAAUGGAAAGAUAAGACACAACAUGGCUAUAUACAUUCAACAUACGGUACAUAAGGACUAUUUGUUUAUUAUAACAAUAAAUCAACAAGAUGGCAUUAACAUUAUUAACAUUCUGUUAAAGCGAUCCAUGGAUAGAAAGACUUGUAGUUCUUAAAAGAAAAAUGUUAGUACAAGUUAAAGAUUUUAUAUUAAAAUAAUGUUUUCGUUUUAAUAAAAUUUGUAAAAUUUUCAAUCAAAAAAUAAACUAGUAGCCCGCCAUAGUUGAUGUCAAUAAUUACUUACACAAUGCUCAUGGAUGCUGAAGCCUAUAAAAUCAGUCGCACCCAAGCGCCAGCAGAGGGCGGCAAAACUCCAUAAAACACAACAAGUGAGCGUUUCACUGUGUACUGUCAUUUAAAUCUCUCUGAGCGAGGCAUCUGCGUCAAUUGCGUCAAAUAUUUUAACGUGAUUAAUUUUAAAAAAUAAUUAACGCCCGUUAACGCGAUGAUUUUGACAGCCCUAGUAAAUAUUAUGGGUGCAAAACAAGUUAUCUCGUGAGAUUCCCUUCUAGCUUUGGGAUACUACGGUGCAAAACAAGUUAUCUCGUGAGAUUCCCUACUCAAGCGCGCUAAGUAUGGGAACAAGGUGAAAAACAAUAGAAGUUGUUCACAGACAUAAAAACAAUAGAAGUUACAAUUUAGCAAUCAUACAUCACAAAAGUAUAAUGUAAUAUUUUCCCCCAUCAAUACCGAUCAAGCACAGACCUUUUAACCAAUGUGGUUUCUACUAAAACUAGCAGCACCUGACUGCAAUCAACUGUUUACACUUAUAAGACACCAGAUUGGUGAAAAGGUGUGGUCUUAUUUUGUUGGAGUGAAAUCCUGCUCCCACUGCAGCCCUAUGUGGAAUAGUUUGGAGACCACUGCGGUAGUCUGUCACGAUCAGGUAUCGACAGCCAGCAAUUUAGUAGAAUAGCGUGCCUGUGAUUAGCAUGCUAGCACAAAUCAGUAGGUCAUUCUGGGUGUGACAUCAACUUGUGUGUUCAAAUUUUUUAGUUACAAGUAAAUGUAAUGGAGUAAAUGUAAUGCAUUACAAGUCUUUUCCGUCACUUUUUUGGAUGAAUUCCUGUCCAAAAUAUGCCCUGCUAUUAAUUUACAGUCACUUGUAGCAUUACAUAGCAUCUUUAAUAGAGUAUUGUGAAGGUUUCAACCAAUUUGGGUUAUAUUUACCUGAUUCAGUUUAUUUUUUUAAGCUCGAUGGCUAAAAAAAAGCUGCAUAGUCUCUCUUCUUCCCCCCCAAAACAAUGAUAAAGCUUCACAGAUGAAAAGACACGCCUGGUUUAAUUUCUUUUGUAUGAGCUGGUUUAGCGCUCGCUAAGCUAACAGCGCCAAGUUUACAGUCAGGAAAAGCUCCAAGAUGAAUCAGCUAUAAAUACAGCAAAAUAUGUUGUAUGUUUUCUAUGAACCUGUAGAAAAUACUUUUUGUAAGUAUGUUGAAAUUAUCUGUUGAAUUACGUUUUGUUAAAUAGUUGUUUUUUUCCCCCUCUCUUCCUUUUGUUGUUGUUUUCCCAUUUUGGCGACAUGUGACAAAACAAUAAUGUACAGAGGAACUUGUGUUGUCCAAAUGUGGCCGUGCAAUGUAUGUACAUUUGCAACAAGACCUAUUAUUAAAGUUUUAUUUAGCUAUUUUAA